CGGCAACUCCUCAUAUCGCCCAGCCUGAGAAGUCCAUGUCAGUCCCAUUAGGACCCGAAUUUUACCAGCCAAAGCUAGUCCACGAUGAUGCACCACUAGAAAGCGUCCCAGCUGAAAUUCGGCACCACCUCCUUUCUAUCUUAGACUUUGAAGGGCUAAAACAGUAUCUCCUAGAUCGUGAGCAUCUACUCAGCGAAUGCUGGAGAGAACAUUGGGUAAUACUAAUAUCAUUAUGGAUGCUUGUGCUGUUUACCGUCUGGCUUGAUCCCCUUUUCAAAAACACGCACCCUAACAACGUUACUCAAUUUCUUCAGUCCUACAAAGACCGCCGCUCUUUGUCCCAACAUCCAUCACUGAAAGAGAUGUUUGCCGCAAAUGAGCUUAUGUCCAUAUUGUCCUUCCACGCCUCGGUCAUUGUGCCUCUCACGCAGCGCUAUACUGAUUGGGCACUGGUCAAUCUUGCUAACGAGACAAAGCAUAUGUGGGUGGUGCGAGCCCUAUAUCGCUUUCAGUUAUACUGUAACCUGUUCGGCGUCGGCCAUGAUUCCUGGGAGCGUAAUAGGUGGGACGAUGAUGAGAACAGAGAUAUCUUUCGAAUAUUCCCACGCAUAUUCAAGACUUGGGAGAUUGAGGAAAUUACAUGCAUCUACACCUUUGCAAUGAAGAAGUUUGACCGAGUUUUUGAUGACAUCCGCUGGGAUGUACACCAGGAGAAUCCGAAGUUUGAAGAACAAUUCCGGCCGCCCACCCCGGAAGGGGCAUUCGAUUUUGAUAGUAGCUGGACCAGGGAAAUUCUCUUAGAUGGGACAAUUUCAUGUGGCCUCAAGCUGCUAAAACAUGUCCUCUUUGAGAUCAAGGACCAUGCACACCUACCGACAGCCAAUUUCCAAGAUAAUGCUCUGGACAGUGUCACAGAAGAGCUGCGGCUCCAGGAGCUACGGGAUUUGGGGCAAGAGUGGCAGAGUCCUCCACCUUUUAGGUGUGAUAGUAUAGGGCAUUCAUCACUGCCUUGGACACUAACUAGUAUGGCGAAAUUACUAGUGACCACUGAUCUGUAUCCAUCUGAAAAAGAGCAUGGCAUUCGCUUCUGGGGCCACAUGAUGUGGGAUGCAGCGCGACUGGAGUAUACAGGUGCAAAGGGGGUACUGCUUCGGAAGCAAAAGGGGUGUUGGGGAGACCAAGAAUGGGAUCCUCUGGAUCACAUAUGAUACUUUACAUGCCGUUCAGGAAGAGACCUCUGUACUAUUUAUGCUUGGUUGGGCUGGAGGAAUAGAAGGUAUAAUAUAAUGUGCUUGAACGAUUUCGACUUGACAUUAUGGACAACAGGGUCAGGAG